AUGACCGACCCGUCGUACCACGGGCAGGUGCUGGUGUUGACGUACCCGUUGAUCGGGAACUACGGCAUCCCGGACCGAGACCUGGAUGAGUGCGGUCUGAUGCGGCACUUCGAAUCGAACAACCGCAUCUGGACGGCUGGGCUGGUGGUGAGCGAGGUGUGCGACGAGCCGUCACACUGGCGCAGCAAGCGCACGCUGUCGGAGUGGAUGCGGCAGCAUGGUGUGCCCGGCAUCAGUGGCAUCGACACCCGGGCGCUCACCAAAAAGAUCCGUGAACAUGGCACCAUCCUCGGUAAGAUCGUGCAGGCGCGCGUGGAGUCGGCGGGGGGGUACAGCUUCGCGAACCCCAACCUGCGCAACCUGGUGGCGGAGGUGUCGGUGGCGCAGCCGGUCACCUACAACCCGACCGGGUGGCCCCGUAUCUGUGCGCUCGACUUCGGGCUGAAGCUCAACCAGGUCCGCUGCUUCAUGAACCGCGGCGCCCGUGUCGACGUGGUGCCGUGGAACAUGCGCCCCGAUCCGGAUCAGUACGAUGGGCUGUUUCUGUCGAACGGCCCGGGUGACCCGCAGAUGUGCCGCGAGGUGGUCGAAAACCUGCGCGCCGUGCUCGCACAGGGCGAGCGUGUCGGCAGGGCAAAACCGAUCUUCGGCAUCUGCCUCGGACACCAGGUGCUGGCGACCGCGGCCGGUUGCGCCACGUUCAAAAUGCGGUACGGGAACCGGGGCCACAACUUGCCCUGUAUUCACCGCGGCACCAAGCGGUGUUACAUGACGUCCCAGAACCACGGGUACGUGGUCGACUCGAGCCGGAUGCCGGACGGCUGGGAGGAGCUGUUCACCAACCUGAACGAUGGCACGAACGAGGGCCUGGUGCACCGGACCCGGCCGUACUUCAGUGUCCAGUUCCACCCGGAGCACACGGCCGGCCCCACCGACCUGGAGGUACUGUUCGACGUGUUUCUGGAGCUGGUGCGCGACAUUUCGCAGGCGGCCGGGGCCCUGCCACCGGUCCGGACCGUUUCGGUGAUCGACCGGUUGAACGAACGGCUGCGGUACGAGCCAACGGUGCCGGUCGCGCUCGAGCGGCCCAAGAAGGUGCUGAUCCUCGGGUCGGGUGGUCUAUCGAUUGGGCAGGCGGGUGAGUUCGACUACUCGGGCUCGCAGGCGAUCAAGGCGCUGCGCGAGGAGCACAUCCGGACGGUGCUGAUCAACCCGAACAUUGCGACCGUGCAAACGUCGAAGGGGCUGGCGGACAAGGUGUACUUUCUGCCGCUGAUACCCGUCUACGUGGAGCGGGUGAUCCGGGCGGAGCGACCCGACGGUGUACUGCUCACGUUCGGUGGCCAGACGGCGCUCAACUGUGGCGUGGAGAUGGAGGGCAUAUUCGCGCAAUACGGUGUGCGCAUCAUGGGCACACCGAUUCGGUCGAUCAUCGAGACCGAGGACCGGAAGCUGUUCGCCGAGCGGGUGGCCGAGAUCGGGGAGCAGGUGGCACCGUCGGCGGCCGUCUACUCGGUGCAGGAAGCGAUGGAGGCGGCUGACGUCAUCGGGUACCCGGUGAUGGCGCGGGCCGCGUUCGCGCUCGGCGGGCUCGGGUCCGGGUUUGCCAGCACACCGGACGAGCUUCGGGUCCUGGCGACGCAGGCACUCACGCACUCGUCCCAGCUCAUUAUCGACAAGUCGCUCAAGGGCUGGAAGGAGGUGGAAUACGAGGUGGUGCGCGACGCGUACGACAACUGCAUCACGGUGUGCAACAUGGAGAAUAUCGACCCGCUCGGCAUCCACACGGGUGAGAGCAUCGUGGUCGCGCCGUCGCAGACCCUGUCGAACCGGGAAUACAACAUGCUGCGCACCGCCGCCAUCCGCGUGAUCCGCCACUUUGGCGUGAUCGGCGAGUGCAACAUCCAGUACGCGCUCUGUCCGCACUCGGAGCAGUACUACAUCAUCGAGGUGAACGCACGCCUGUCGCGCAGUUCGGCCCUUGCGAGCAAGGCCACCGGCUAUCCGCUCGCGUACGUCGCGGCCAAGCUGGCGCUUGCGGUGCCCCUGCCGGAAAUCCGGAACUCGGUGACGGGCGUGACGACGUCUUGCUUCGAACCGAGCCUCGACUACUGCGUGGUGAAGGUGCCGCGUUGGGAUCUGGGCAAGUUUGCGCGCGUCAGCAAGCACAUCGGCAGCUCGAUGAAGAGCGUCGGCGAGGUGAUGGCAAUCGGGCGCACGUUCGAGGAGGCGUUCCAGAAGGCGCUUCGCAUGGUGGACGGCGUGAACGGGUACGGGUUCGACCCGUCGCUCAAACCGGCCAGCGAGCAGGAACUGGCGGUGCCGACCGACAAGCGAGUGUUUGUGCUGGCGGCCGCCCUCCGGGCCGGCUACACCGUAGAGCAGCUGCAUGAGCUAACCGCGAUCGACCGGUGGUUCCUGCACCGGAUGAAGCGCAUCGUGGACUUCGGUUGCCACCUGGAAUCGCUAGCGGGCGGUCCGGUGCCCGGGCCGAGUCUGUUGCGCGAGGCGAAGCGGCUCGGGUUCUCCGACAGCGCGAUUGCCCACUGCCUCAAGAGCACCGAGCUGGCGGUGCGCAUGCAUCGGAAGGAGCACGGUGUGGUGCCGUGCGUGAAGCAGAUCGACACGGUGGCCGGCGAGUGGCCGGCAUCGACCAACUAUCUUUACCUGACGUACAGCGGCACCGAGAGCGACGUAACGUUCCCGGGCCAGUACACGAUGGUGCUCGGGUCGGGCGUCUACCGGAUCGGCAGCUCGGUCGAGUUCGACUGGUGUGCGGUCGGGUGUUUGCGCGAGCUGCGCCGCCUCGGCCACCGGACGAUCAUGGUCAACUACAACCCGGAAACGGUCAGCACCGACUACGACGAGAGCGACCGGCUGUACUUCGAGGAGAUCUCGUUCGAGGUGGUGAUGGACAUCUACGACGCGGAGCAACCGGCCGGCAUUAUCCUGUCGAUGGGGGGCCAGCUGCCGAACAACAUCGCGAUGGAUCUGCACCGGCAGCAGGCCCGCAUCCUCGGCUCGUCCCCCGAGUCGGUGGACGGGGCCGAGAAUCGGUUCAAGUUUUCGCGCAUGCUCGACCGGAAGGGCAUUCUGCAGCCGCGCUGGAAGGAACUCACCAACCUGCAGUCGGCGGUCGAGUUCUGCGAGGAGGUCGGCUACCCGUGCCUGGUGCGCCCGUCGUACGUGCUGUCCGGGGCCGCGAUGAACGUCGCCUACUCGCACCAGGACCUGGAGGCGUACCUGCGGUACGCGUCGGACGUCAGCAAGGAGCACCCGGUGGUGAUCUCGAAGUUUCUGGUCGACGCGAAGGAGAUCGACGUCGAUGCAGUCGCGGCCGACGGGGAGAUCCUCUGCCUGGCGGUGUCCGAGCACGUGGAGAACGCGGGUGUGCACUCUGGCGACGCGACCCUCGUGACGCCCCCGCAGGACAUCAACCCGGAGACGCUCGGGCGGAUCAAGGAGAUUGCGCGGGACAUCGCGGCGCUGCUCGACGUGACCGGACCGUUCAACAUGCAGCUGAUCGCGAAGGACAACGAGCUGAAGGUGAUCGAGUGUAACGUGCGCGUGUCCCGCUCGUUCCCGUUCGUGUCGAAGACGCUCGACUACGACUUCGUGGGGAUCGCAACGCGGGUCAUCGUCGGCCAGCAGGUCGAUCCGGUCGACGUGCUGCACGGGUGUGGGCGCGUCGGUGUCAAGGUGCCCCAGUUUAGCUUCGAGCGCCUGGCCGGCGCCGACGUGAUGCUCGGCGUCGAGAUGGCGUCCACCGGCGAGGUCGCCUGCUUCGGCGACAAUCGCUACGAGGCGUACCUGAAGGCGCUCAUGUCGACCGGCUUCGCCAUCCCGAAGAAGGCGAUCCUGCUCAGCAUCGGCAGCUACAAGCACAAAAUGGAGUUACUGCCGUCAGUACGGAACCUGGAGAAGAUGGGUUACAAGCUGUACGGCUCGAUGGGCACCGGGGACUUCUACACCGAGCACGGCGUAGCAGUGGAAAGUGUGCAGUGGACGUGCGACGAUCAGGAGGUGGGACCCGAGGAUGCAUCCAUGGCCAACGGUAACGGAAACGGUGCCUCUGGCGCCACCGCCGAACGAGCUGGCGCGAACGAGCUGCGCCACCUGGCGGACUGCCUGGCGAACAAGCAGUUCGACAUGGUGAUCAACCUGCCGAUGCGGGUGGACGGAGUGCGGCGCGUCGCGUGCGUCGCGACUCACGGCUACCGGACGCGCCGGCUCGCCGUCGACUACUCGAUCCCACUGAUGACGGACAUCAAGUGCGCGAAGAUGCUGGUGGAAGCGCUGCGCCAGAUCGGGGGUGCGCCCCCGAUGAAGACGCACACCGACUGCAUUGAGUCGCGUCAGCUGCUGAAGCUGCCCGGCUUCAUCGACGUGCACGUGCACUUGCGCGAACCGGGCGCCUCGCACAAGGAAACGUUCGCGACGGGCACUGCGGCGGCCCUGGCCGGCGGUGUCACGAUGGUAUUGGCCAUGCCAAACACGCAGCCGGCGGUCGUGGACCGGGCCACGCUCCAGGAGGUACAGAAGCUGGCCGAAGCGGGCGCUCGGUGCGACUACGCCCUGUACAUGGGUGCAACCGAUACGAACUACGGGCCGAAGCUCGCGGAGCUAGCGCAGCACGUGGCCGGCCUGAAGAUGUAUCUGAACGAAACGUACACGACGCUCCGACUUGACGGGAUGCGCCAGUGGCACGCGCACCUGGCUUACUGGCCGAAGCUUACGCCGCUCUGUGUGCACGCGGAGCGUGACAAGAUGGCGGCGGUGGUGUUGCUCGCGUCGCUCAUCGAUCGUCCCAUCCACGUGUGCCACGUGGCGCGCCGCGAGGAAAUCAUCGUGAUCAAGGCGGCCAAGGAGCAGGGGAUAAAGGUGACGUGCGAGGUUUGCCCGCAUCACCUUUUCCUCUCGACGGCCGACGUCGAGCGGGUGGGCGGCCCUGGCUGGGCCCAGGUGCGCCCGGUCCUCUGCACUCCGGACGACCAGAAGGCCCUGUGGGAGCACCUGGACGCGAUCGACAUCUUCCACCUGGCGCAAUCGAUGAAGGCACGGGUCGCCAAGGACCGCCCGCUGGACGACGUGCUGCGCGGCAAGGUGAUGGCGUCCGUCUUCUACGAGGUCAGCACGCGCACUAGCUGCAGCUUCGCCGCCGCCAUGCAGCGCCUGGGUGGACGGGUCGUGCAUUUCGAAGAGUCGUCGUCGUCCGCGCGCAAGGGCGAAACGCUCGAGGACAGCAUCCAGGUGAUGGCCGGGUACGCGGACGUGGUCGUCAUGCGCCACCCGGUCCCGGGCGCCGUCACGCGGGCCGCCCAACACUGCCGCAAGCCGUUGAUCAAUGCCGGCGACGGGGUCGGAGAGCACCCGACCCAGGCGCUCCUGGACAUCUUCACGAUCCGCGAGGAGAUCGGGACGGUGAACGGGCUGACCAUUACGAUGGUGGGUGAUCUGAAGCACGGUCGCACGGUCCACUCGCUCGCCCGUCUGCUGACGCUGUACAACGUCAACAUGCGGUACGUUUGCCCGGCCGGGCUCGAGAUGCCGGACCGGGUGCGCGAGUUCGUCGACCGGAAGGGCAUCUCGCAGCGCCAGUGCACCACGCUCGAGGAAGCGAUCGCUGACACGGACGUCCUGUACAUGACGCGCAUCCAGCGCGAACGCUUCGCCACCGAGGAGGACUAUCAAAAGUGCUGCGGUCAGCUGGUGCUGACCCCCCAGACGAUGACCUUCGCCAAGCGGCGUAUGAUCGUGAUGCACCCGUUGCCGCGCGUCUUGGAGAUCAGCACCGAGAUCGACAACGAUCCCCGCGCCGCCUACUUCCGGCAGGCCGAGUACGGCAUGUACGUGCGCAUGGCGCUGCUCACGAUGGUGCUCGGCCGUUACUGAGUCGAAGCCAAUCUCGGAGUCGAACCUAAUGUUUGAGCAGCUCCUCGUAGUACUGGCGCAAGUUCACCAGCGCAGCUGCCUGCCUGCCCCCCGUUCGUGCGAUCUCGGCGCUUUCGGAAUGUAUAUAACACACAUACGCA